AUGGCGGCGGCCGUGCUGAUCGGCGCCGUCGCCGUCGUCUCCUACGUCUGUGGCUGGGGCGGUGACACUGACGAGAUGCCGUCUUCCUUGUUCACCGCUGCCACACGAGGUUCAGAGGACGCACGGCCGACGUGGAACCUCACCGACGAGCAGCUCCUCGACGGCCUCCUCUCCGCCGCGUUCAGCCGGCGGUCAUGCCGGAGCCGCUACGAGUUCGCCGGCUACUACAGGAGGAAGCCAGCGCACAAGCCUUCCCUCUACCUCGUCGCCAAGCUCCGCAAGCACGAGGCGCUCCAGAGGUGGUGCGGCCCCGGCACGGCGCCGUACAGGGAGGCGCUCCGGCGGCUCAAGUCCGGCGAUGGCGCCGGUGACGGCGGCGACUGCCGAUACGUCGUGUCCAUCGGCUACAACCGCGGGCUUGGCAACCGCAUGCUUGCCAUCGUUUCGGCCUUCCUCUACGCCGUCCUCACCGAGCGCGCGCUCCUCGUCGCGCCGUACGACGGCGACGUCGCCGCCCUCUUCUGCGAGCCGUUCCCGGGCACGACGUGGCUUCUCCCCGACGACGACGGCCGGCGGUUCCCGAUCCGGCAGCGUCUCCGGGACCUCGACGGUGAAUCCCAGGAGAGCCUCGGGAAUCUCCUCAGGAGCAACGCGUCGUCGUCGUCGUCGUCGUCGCCGCCGUGGCCGUACGUGUACCUCCACCUCGAGGGCGGCUUCCACUUCCAUGACUGGCUCUUCUACUGCGACGAACAGCAGCGGCGCCUCCGCGGCGUGCCGUGGCUGCUGAUGAAGAUGGACAGCUACAUCGCCCCGGGGCUCUUCCUCGUGCCGUCGCUCCGCGGCGAGCUCGGCCGGAUGUUCCCGGAGAAGGACGCCGUGUUCCACCACCUCGGCCGCUACCUCUUCCACCCGGCCAACGCCGUCUGGCACGCCGUCACGGCCUACCAUCGCGCCCACCUCGCCGGCGCCGGGCGGCUCGUCGGCAUGCAGCUCCGGGCGUACCACGACGAGACGCCGGCGCUGUCGCGGGUCGUGCUCGAGCAGGCCCUCUCCUGCGCCCGCAGGGAGAAGCUCCUCCUCCCCCCGCCGGCAGCGGCAGCAGCAGGGACGACGACGAACGCGUCGGACACGGCGGUGCUGGUGACGUCGCUGAGCCCGUGGUACUACGGGAGGAUCCGCGACGAGCUCGGCGGCGCGGCGGCCGGCGGCGUGCACCAGCCGAGCCACGAGGGGCGGCAGCGGUCGGAGGACGCGGCGCACGACAUGAGGGCGCUGAGCGAGAUGUACCUACUCAGCACCUGCGACGUGCUGCUCACCACGGGCCUCUCCACCUUCGGCUACGUCGCGCAGGGGCUCGCCGGCGUGCGGCCGUGGCUCAUGCCGAGGCGGCCGCCGUGGGAGGAGCCCGACGCGGAGGUGCCGGAGCCGCCGUGCGCGCGGGCGGCGUCGCCGGAGCCGUGCUUCCACGCGCCGUCCUACUACGACUGCGCCGCGAGGAAGAACUACAGCGACAUUGGCAAGGUGGUGCCAUUCGUGCAGCGCUGCGAGGACGCGAGUUGGUGGAUCAAGCUCGCCAAUGGAAGCAGACAAUGGUAG